AUGCAUCAACUUUCUCUGGAGGACGGUCUCCAUAUUCCCCAUUACGAGCUUCGCAUCUUCGGCGCUCGCAUUUUCGUUCAACAAUGGAUUACUGUUGUAGCUUCUGAAAGAGAAAAGGUCGAAGAAGAAUACUCCUGUUUAAGCUACUUCAGCCACAAUCAAGAUCCGGUCCUCGUUUUACGAAGCAUUGUUAGCGCCAAAAUCACCCUAAAUAGAUCCACUAUGCUGCAUAAUGUGGCUUUCGCGUGUGUCUUGUCCCUGGUUUUGGGACAAGAGCUCCUACAGAACCCACACAUGGAAAGCACCCACAACUGGGAUUGCAGGGGAUUCACGUGUCACGUGAUAAACACUCAUCACAGUGGGUCACAUGCUAUAAAAGCAUCUGGAAGGAGAGCAGACUGGCAAGGCGUGUCGCAGUACGUCCACGUGGUUCCCGGCACGACGUACAACACGUCAGCGUGGGUGCAUCUCGUUAACGAUGCGCCGGGAUUCAUGUACCAGACUGUUAAGUUGGUGUUCACCAUCAAUUUCGUGGAUGGUUCUCACCGUCUCGAGACGGUCGCCAUGAACAGAUUGGUUAACGUUGCAGAAGGAUGGAUUCAAAUUAGAGGAUUUUUUACUGUUCCGCAUAACGCGAAACCAUCAACGACAUUUACAGUGCGUGGUCCUGCCCAUGCCAUUAACUUCAUCGUGGACGACGCCUCCGUGCAGCCGCUGUCGGAGUGGAUGAACUGGCGACAAGAUACCGACACGAGCAUCACCAAGUUGAGGAAAAGUCCUAUUAAUAUUAACGUAGCGACCGCAGGGAAUAUUGACAAGAAUGAAGUUCAAAUUAAAAUUACCCAGUUGAAGAAGUCAUUUCCUUUUGGAAUGGCAAUUAACGCCGAUGAGUAUGACCAUGGCGAACCGAAAUACCAGGCCUUUGUAAACAAACACUUUAACUGGGCCGUGACGAAAAACGCACUCAAGUGGAAAGCAACGGAACACAAACAGGGUCAUUACAGAUAUGAGAGAGCUCUCAAACCUAUCCGUACACUUCGAAGUCAUGGAAUCAAAGUGCGCGGUCACAACAUCGUGUGGGCGACUGCGAAGCAUGUGCCGACCUGGGUGAAGCCUAUGUACGGAGACACGUUGAGACAGGCCGUCACGAAACGCGUCACCGAUGUCGUGACGAGAACCAAACACCUAGUGGAACACUGGGAUAUAAUCAACGAGAACGUGCACGGCUACUUCUUCCGGGAUCACGUAAACAAGUCCAACUACAACGUGGACAUCUUCAGACUGGCGCACCAGACCGCGCCCAACAUCAAGAUGUUUCUCAACGACUUCGCCGUCGUCUCUAGAGGAACUUCCACGGGGACAUACCUUACCCAAGCUCUUAAGUUCAAGGCGGCUGGCGUUGGUCUCUAUGGGGUUGGUGUCCAGUGUCACUUUAAGACAAAGGAACUUCCAAGUCCUACUAUUCUUAAGGCUCGCUUGGACACCAUAGCUGAGGCGGGUCUGCCUGUCUGGGUGACGGAACUGAGUAUCAGUGUGGACGAUGAACACGAGCGGGCGAAGCGGUUCGACACGGUACUGCGCGUGCUGUACUCACACCCUGCAGUGGAGGGGAUCAUGUUCUGGGGCUUCUGGGGGCCAAUCCACGGCGAAGGAGAACGGGCGGGUCUGAUCAGUGGACAUGAAUUCAGGUUAAACGCCGCGGGCCAGCGUGUUCUGGAUUUGUUUGAGAACCAGUGGAUGACCAAGGAGACACACACGCUGUCUCAGUCUGGAAACUAGUUCACUGUUGAUGGUUUCCAUGGUGAUUAUGAGGUUCGAGUCCUGCACCAAGGUCAGGAAUUGGUCAACCAGAGGAAAACGUUUACGCUGGGAUCGUCCCCCACAGUCAGUCACGUUGUCUGUGACGUAGAUUGGUACAGAGGUCAAACCUGGUAUCUGACACGACACUAAUAAGCUAAUUAUAGCAAACCGUACUGCUAAUUCUUUCAUUUUAUCUCUUAUUGUUAGUUGUUGUUGUUAUUGGGGGGUUUUUUCUCCCUUUCUCUCUUUUUGUUUCUUUGUUGUGUGUAUGGAUGGGUUGGGUUGGGGUAUUAUUGCUGGUUUCAUUGUUUGUCUUUUGAUAUCUUUUGUUUUCUACCUUUGCAUCACAUUAACUUUGUUCGUUCUUUUUAUUGUAUAUAGUAGAUUUUCUCUUACUUCAUAGAUUCUUAAAGGAGCAGUAUUUCCAAAAAGAUAAGUGUUCUCUGUUGGAAAGAUGUCUAUCCAAAUAUCAUAUAUAAAUGUAUGCAUUUAAAAUAGAAAAUGUGCAUUACCAGAAUCCGUAAAAAUACCCGAUUAAAUUGACUUUAUGGAAGUGGCCAUCUUUACGAAAGGAAUUGUUUCCCCGAUAAGCGGGUGUCACGUGCCUGCAGGAGUUUGCAUGGAACGACAACGGAAAAACGAAUGAAUGAAUGAAUGAAUGAAUAUUUAACGACAACACAGCACGAAAAAUACAUCGGCUAUUGAGUGUCAAAUUAUGGUAAAGGCAAAUCAAAAGUGACGAUCAACAUACGAAAAAAAGCAAUAAAAAAAAGUA